AAAUGAGCAAUUAGUAAAGAUAAUAUAUUAAACCAAUCAUAAGAAAAGCAAAAAAAGUUUAAAAAGUAUGUCAGGAUGAAGAAAAUAAUUUUGGAUUAUCUGACUUUUAAAAUGAUUCAGAUGAAAUCUAUAAUUUAAUAGAGGAAUUUUCUGGAAAAUGCAUACUUUUACCAAACUCUGAAGAAUUUGAUAAUGAAGAUGAAUAUUAAAAAAAGAAUAAGACUGGAGAUAAUUGUUUCUCGUAUAUAAUUAAUUCAAAAUAAUAAAAUUCUCCUUCUUUUGAAUAGAAGUUAGAAAAAAAUUAAUAGAGUUUCAAGAUAGUUGAUAAUUUUUCAUCAUUAGAAACUUAAUCAAAUAUUAGCGAUGAGAUAAAUGGUGAAAAAACUGACUAUAUAGUUGCUAUAUAAGGAGAGAUUAAUUAUUUGGAGGGGUUGGACUUCAUUUAAAAGACUGUUAUUUCAAAAGAUAAAAAAUAAAAAAAUUUAAAAUAAAUAAAAAAAUAAAAUAAUAGAAAUUCACUACUCAAAAAUCUUUAGAAAAAAAAGAUUUCUAAACUUUAUAGAAAAUAAUGA